CAACAAGAGCAGCCGGGCAAAAUGUGCUGUUUUGAUUAAAUAACGCAAUCCAAUGUUGGUGUCGGUGCAUUUAUACUGAACUAAAACAGUAAUUUUGUGAACUAGUGACUUAAAGUAAAACAGAUUCCCGCAAUGAAUCAGGCCGAAGUAACGAAGCUAAUGUCCCAGCUGCGAAUAGCCAUUCGUCCGCGGCACCGUAAUCUGAAAAAUGCUGACGGACCCGAAGGGCGGUUAAAUAAGUUGCGCAAAACGGUGACCGCACUGGUAAAACACGAGCGUAUUGAGCUAAACUAUGAACGUGCGGACGAAGCACGCGGAUAUGCAGAACGGCUGAUUUCGGAUGCGAUACGGCACGGGGAUUGCCACAAGCCCACGAUGGAGAUGGCCGAUUAUUGGCUGCUGGAGAAACAGCUGGUACACAAGCUGUUCAAGGUGCUGGUACCGCGCUUCGAGGAGUACAAGGUAUCCGCCACACGAAUGUACAAAGCACCCAAAGAAUAUCCCGGCUGGUAUCGAAAGCGGGCGGUUCUGGAGCUUCGAGGCAAUCCCUAUCCAUCGUUGCUUCCCAACCAGUCCAACAACCGGAACCUGCUGCAUAAUGUGCUAAUGGACGAAGCAAAGAAAGACUAUCGGAGGGAAAAGUAUGCAGAAAUAGCAGCACAGAUUGGAUCCGACGGUACUCAGCCAGUGUCAGGAACGGGUGGGGAAAAUAUUACCACUAGCGAACAACCAAAAGCGGCACAACCGCAACCAUAGUACAGUGCAUAUAGAAUAACGCCAUUUGCUUAGAUUUAUAGUAGAACGCGAAAACGAUAAAUAACAGUAAAAUAAAGCAAGCGAGCAAAGGAGAAGAUUCCCCCUAGCUCGCAAAGAUUAAAUGUAAAAA